UUGGUAAAAAAUAACGGUCAAAAUUCAAAGUUAUUCAUUUUAUAGACUAUAUAAACUGUAAAUUAUUAAAAACAAAUCUUGGAUCUAGAAUAUAGAUCAAUUAAAAUGCCUCCAGAACACAGAGAAGUGGAUUUGGAACUUGAAGAACAGUUUAUUUUAAGGCUUCCUAUAAAUGAAGCUGGAAACAUUAAAAAAAUAUUGAAUACAAAACCCGAGAAGAUAAAACGUAUAUUAAAAAUUGAUCUAGAUGUUGCAAAAUGUAUCGGAACUGUUUAUAUAGGUAAAAAGAAAUUAUCUGCUUAUCUGAGAACAUUUCCCACAAUUAUAGAGUCUUAUAAAACGAAUAUUUUAAAUGACAAAACAAAUACUUAUAAAACCGCAGAUAUUUGUCAUAUAGUCGAAUGUUAUGAGUACCCUUUGGAUUGUUUUAAUAAAGAUUUAUUCCAUGGAUAUACACCUCCAUUAAAAAAUGUAAAAAAACGAAGGUUUAGAAAAACUUUAGUUAAUCCAGAAUUGAUUGAAGAGAAUGAGUCAAUAUCAAAAGAAUUAUAUUUCUUACUAAAAACUGAUGUAGAAGCUGUAUCUACAAAAUAUGAAAUCAUUUAUGAAGAUAGUAAAUAUGGAACAUUCGCAAGUAAUUUUUUUACAGAUAUGCAGUUCUCUUUAAAAACUGUCUGUUUUUGUAAUAUUUCAGAUGAAACUCUUUUUGGUCAAACUACAUCUAGUGAUAGCGACAUUGAAGUUGAUAUAUAACAUUGUAAUCUGUAUAAUUCA